AUGCCCUCAGCAUCGCCCUCCCAGGCGUCAUCGUCCUCCUCCUCCGCAUCGAUGUCUCCCUCUCACACCUCACCGUCCCCUUCAGCUCGUUCUUCCUCUACCGUGCAGGCACCCGCCUCCGGGAAUGGCAACAAACAAGGCCACCUCUCCUCCAUAUCUAUGACUUCUUCCGCAUCUCCACAACCCCCUCCUCCACUCCUAACAUCAACGUCUACGACAGAGAAAGAAAAACCCCGCCUUACAGAACAGGAAAAGAAGAACAACCACAUCGCUUCGGAACAGAAGCGCCGCGCUGCCAUCCGCGAGGGCUUCGACAGGCUUACCGAGCUCGUUCCAGGGCUCGAGGGCCAGGGACGCAGCGAGGGAGUC